AUGAUCCCAUCGGCGCGCCUCCGAGCGCAAGACCCGCCCGAGUCCAAAUCGGGAGAAAACGCCGCCUGGGAGCAAGGCGUCGGCUGGCCCGAGACCCUAAAUCCACGGGUCCAGUGCAUCGCCGAUGAAUCACAGAGUUUUCUUCUCACGCCUCGCUGCGCUGCGCUGCGCUGGGCUCGUUCGAUUUCAAACCCUCCCAAUUCGGCGAUGGGCGAUCUCGAUUUGGUCGAUUUGGGCGCGAUUUGGGCGCGAUUCCCACCGCGAUUGGCUCCGAUCGGAUGCGAUGCGCUCGCUCGCGUUUUGGCCUUCCUGCUGCUCCGGGUGCGCUGUUGGCCCGCGCACUCCGCCUGUGAAUCACGCUAUCGUCGAGCGCAACUCGCCUCGAUCGGGCAGCCUCAGCGUGGCGCUCUCUCGGUGGGGUGCGCUUCGCGUCGGGCGCGGACCGCUGCUCUUUCCUUCUCGCUCCCCUCCUCCUCCUCCUCCUCCCUCUCUCUCUCUCCCUCGCCAUCCGCUUCUGCCUGCUGCCAUCCAUCCAUCCACCAUCCCGAUCCCCCUUCGAUCACGCGCUCCUCCUCCUCCUCCUCCCAAAGCUUGCCUGCAUCCACGCGUCGACCGCGUCCAUCCCCACCCGCUAUCAUGUCGAGCGACGCUGCUGCGCCCGUACCGCAGUCCGUCGCCGCGCCUGCCGCCGCACCACAAGAAUCCGACUCCACCGCCUCCCCCUUUGGCGCCACCAUGCUCCCCAGGAAGGACCAGGAAUCUGCAUCGGCAGACAUCCAUCCCCCGCACCACCAAAUCUCGGAAGCAGACGCGGCUGCCGUGGCUGAUGCUGCUGCCGCCGCUGCCGCCGCCGACGCGUCGAGCGCAGCCCAAACCAUCACGCAACUAGCCACCGCCGCCACCGAAGCCGCCAGUGCAGACGCUGCCGCCGCUGCUGCCGCUGCCUCUGCUGGCGCUGCUGCCCCCAACGGUACCACCGACCAGCCCGCACCCGAUGCCACGGCCGCUGCUCCCGCUGCUGCUCCUGACAACACCGACGCUGCCGCACCCGCCGCCGCCACCGCCGAGCAGUCCAACGAAGCGGCCGCUCAGCCUGCCGACGACCCCACCGCUCCUCCUGCCGCUGCUCCCGCCGCAGAUGCACACGAAGGCGACGCCAAGCCCACCGUCGAAGAGCCGCAAGAGACCGCCUCGGGUCUGCCGCGCAACGUCGAGUCCGAACUGCGCGACAUCUACUCGGUCUCGAGCGCCAUCGCCAACUUUUGCGUGGCGCACGUGAACCAGGUCAACGUGCCCACGCCCCAAAAGGUGCGCACCGUCAUCCAGAAGGCGCUCAAGCUCACCUCGUCGCUCUCCAUGCUCCUCGCCCAGCCCGAGGUGGCGCUCCGCCAGCUCGAUGCCGACGACAACAAGCGCCCCGCCGAAUCCAAGCUCGACUCGGCGCGCAAGCGACAGCGCUCCUCGGACUGGGACGGCAACCGCUCCGCCGGCUCGCCCUCCACCCCAGGACUGCCCAUGGCGCCCUUCACGCCCAACUCGGGCCUGAGGGUGUUUCCGGAUGGCUCGCUGCCCACGUCGUUCCCCUCGCCCGGCUUCGACGAUGUCAAGGGUCCGCAGUACAAGAAGCGCAGUCGUGCACCCGCACCCGGCUCGUGCCAGGCGUGCGGUACGAGCGAGACGCCCGAGUGGCGUCGGGGUCCCGAUGGGGCCCGGACGCUGUGCAACGCGUGCGGGCUGCACUAUGCCAAGCUCGUGCGCAAGCGCAUGCAGCAGGAAGGCGGCGAGGAGGCGUCGCCGUCGCAGCCACCGCCCCAGCUCGCGCUCGUCAGUCUCGAGGAGCUGCGCGCCUCCACAAAGAGCGCAGAGGCCGCAGCAGCUGCUGGUCUCACCCCGUCGGCGUCGAGCGCCUCGCUCAACGGCACGCCGCUCAAGGGCGAGCGUUCGGCGUGGAAUACGCCCUCCAAGCCGCCGCGUGUGCCCUCGGCGCUCGCCAACAGCGUCAUUGCGCCCGAUCUCGAGGCCGAUGCCCAGCAGACUGAGGCGGUGAGUGCAUCGCUCCCACCCCCGCCGGCGCCCGCGCCCGUGUCCGCACCCGCAAGCGGCGUGGUGGAACCCGCCCCGACUCCCGUCUCGGCCCCCGCGCCCGUCGACACCAGCGUGAUUGCACCCGAACUCGCCGCCGAGGGUGGCGACGAACGACCCAUGGACACCGACCAGUGA